GGUGCCGCACCGGCGAGCGGCGCAGGGCCGGGGGGCGGGAGAGGCUGCUGGCGAGGACGGGGCUCCUCGGCACCUUCCGUCAGCGGCCGCAGCCGCCGUACCGGUCCCGGCCUUCCCGCGCUCCCCUGGUCGCUGCCGGCCGGCCGGCCUCCCGCAGCCUGGUACACAUACUGGACAUGCAGAAGCCAUGUAGCAGAAAGUUUUGAGCAGUUGCGGAUUAUCAGUUGCUCCUGACAGCAAUAAAAAGUGAAGAAGAAUGAAGGUGACUGGCUUUAUUCCCCUAUGGAUGUUGGUUUUGCUACCUUGUGGCCAGUUAGCAAACCCUGGAGAGCAUGAAGAUGUAGUAAAGCAUGCAAUAAAGCUGCACCGUGGAAAAGGAGCCAUUAUCGCUCAGAGAAAGCAAUGGGUGUUGGAGAGCUGCAGAAAAUUAUCUGGUCUUCUUCGCCAAAAGAACGUUGUUCUCAACAAACUAAAAAAUGCUAUGAGAGCUGUUGAGAAGGAUGCAGGACUGUCAGAUGAAGAGAAACUUUUUCAGGUGCAUACCUUUGAAAUUUUCCAAAAGGAGCUAAAUGAAAGUGAAAACUCAGUCUUUCAAGCAAUCCAUGGCCUCCAGAGAGCUCUACAGGGUGAUUACAAAGAUGUUGUAAAUAUGAAAGAAAGCAGUAGACAGAGACUGGAGGCCUUGAGAGAAGCUGCAAUUAAGGAAGAAAUGGAAUAUGUUGAACUCCUAGCAGCGGAAAAACAUCAGGUUGAAGCCCUUAAGAAUAUGCAGCAUCAAAACAAAAGCCUGUCAAUGCUUGAUGAAAUUCUAGAGGAUGUCAGGAAGGCAGCUGAUAGAUUGGAAGAGGAAAUCGAAGAGCAUGCCUUUGAUGACAACAAAUCUGUAAGAGGUGUAAACUUUGAAGCAGUUUUAAGGGUGGAAGAAGAUGAAGCCAACUCCAAAAGAAAUGCUUCAAAAAGAGAAGUAGAGGAUGACUUAGGUCUUAGUAUGCUUAUUGAUUCCCAGAACAAUCAGUAUAUCCUUACCAAGCCCAGAGAUUCAACCAUUCCUCGUGCUGAUCAUCAUUUCAUAAAGGAUAUUGUGACAAUAGGAAUGUUGUCUUUGCCAUGUGGCUGGCUGUGCACAACAAUAGGAUUGCCGACCAUGUUUGGGUAUAUCAUCUGUGGAGUACUCCUAGGACCAUCAGGGCUAAAUAGCAUCAAGUCUAUUGUACAGGUGGAAACAUUAGGAGAGUUUGGUGUAUUCUUCACUCUCUUUCUAGUUGGUCUGGAAUUUUCUCCUGAAAGAUUAAGAAAGGUAUGGAAAAUAUCUUUGCAAGGACCCUGCUACAUGACAGUUCUGAUGAUUGCCUUUGGUUUACUAUGGGGACACUUACUCCAAAUUAGACCAACUCAAAGUGUCUUCAUUUCCACUUGUUUAUCUUUAUCAAGCACACCACUGGUGUCAAGAUUUCUUGCAGGUAGUGUUCGAGGCGAUAAAGAAGGGGAUAUUGACUACAGCAGCGUACUGCUUGGCAUGUUGGUGAUGCAGGAUGUGCAGCUUGGUUUAUUUAUAGCCGUCAUGCCUACACUUAUUCAAGCAGGAGUAAGCACACAUUCCAGCAUUUUCAAGGAAAUACUGAGAAUACUGAUACUGAUUGGCCAAAUUCUCUUUACUCUGGCUGCUGUUUUUCUUAUAUGUCUUGUUAUAAAGACUUACCUCAUAGGACCGUAUUAUCGCAAGUUGCAUGCGGAAAGCAAAGGGAACAAAGAAAUCCUCAUUCUAGGAAUAACUGCAUUCAUCUUCCUUAUGUUAACGGUCCAACAGAGAAAGCUGACCUCCUCCAGGAAGAAGGUCAAGGAAGAAAUCACAGAGCUGUUGGAUGUUUCAAUGGAGCUGGGAUGCUUCUUAGCCGGAGCUCUGAUCUCUUCUCAGGGUCACAUGGUUACUGAGGAGAUCAUGUCCUGUAUUGAACCAAUACGUGACUUUCUUGCCAUCAUUUUCUUUGCGUCCAUAGGACUUCAUGUUUUUCCCACAUUUGUAAUCUAUGAACUCACGGUCUUACUAUUCCUUACAUUGUCUGUGGUCAUAAUGAAGUUUGUCUUGGCAGUGCUUGUCCUUUCUCUGAUUCUUCCAAAGACCAGCCAGUAUAUCAAGUGGAUUGUCUCAGCAGGACUGGCACAAGUCAGUGAAUUCUCUUUUGUUCUGGGAAGUAGAGCACGGAGAGCAGGGAUCAUAUCUCGGGAGGUGUAUCUUCUUAUUCUGAGUGUGACUACUCUAAGCCUUUUACUUGCCCCUGCCCUGUGGAGAGCUGCGAUUGUGAAAUGUGUUCCGAGACCUGAAAGACGCUCAAGUACUUGAUUAAGAUUUGCACGUAUACAAGAAUACAUCUUGCAAGGAAUAUCUUGAUUUCUCAUUGUAUUUCUAUGCACUUAGAAAACUAGAGGUUUUGGAUAGUCAGUCUCCUUAAUGUGCACUUGGUCAUAAGCCUUAUACUGACCUUAAAACAAACAAAAUUUAACAUUUUAAAAAAUUAUAUAAUUUGAAUUGCAUAGUUUUUACAAAAUUUACUUUCUGACAGAUUGGAAUCUGCCAGAAUAUUUGUUCCUGACCCAAUCAAUUAUUCAGAGCAUAAAUUAUUUUUUUAAAAAUACAGCAUCAUGCAAACUGUGUUUAUUUUUUGCCUGAAUGUGCCUUUUGAUUUUCAUCCUGUUUCUGCUGGUUCAUCACCAGAUUUUGUUUAAAGAGAAAAAAAAUAAUAUUAUGGUGCCUAUGGUAUCUUCUUUCACUAAAUGACUUGAGUCAUUUUUCACAUUUAGGAGCUUAAUAUACUAGUAUAAAAAUUAAUUACAAAACACAUUUCUAAUGGUGAGUAAGAGUGUAGUCCUCUACGCAAAGAAAAAGGUUAAACUGUUUAGCAUCAAAGUGUUGUAAGCAGUGAAAUACAUAUUCCAAAUGAUGCAGCCAAAAUUGUAUGGUAUUUUAUUCCAAAUUGCAGCAUAUAAUGCAUUUUCCUGUUGUGGUAACUUCUAUUUGUGUUAGUUCUUGUAUUUAUUUACAUAUUUGACUAAAAGUUGACACAAAGAAAGGGCAUAACUUAAGUUAUAUUUGAAUACUGACAGUUGUCACCCAUUCUUGUUGCUAACUGCUGUUACAGUAAUUGUUUACAGGUUUUUUUCUUUGUUUUAAAUAAAUUUAGUAAAACUGGGAAGUCUAAUUUCAAGCAGAUGUGAAAAACAUCAGUCUGUAACUUUGGAGGUUGGAUGUUAUAUGACACUGUGCUAGCCUUGAAAUUAUUUUAAGUAAAUUAAUUUGCACAAAACUGGAAAUGACAGACUGGAUGUGUAUUUGGAACUCCACGUCUUUAGAUAUUGCAUUUACAUUGAAUAAAUUGUUAGUCUCUUUAAAAUAUCAUGACGUUCUAAAAAACAGUGUUUUGAAUGUGAUCUUUAUAAGUGCUCUGUUCUUUAAAACAUUGUAAGUAGCUGAAUAAGCCUUGUAAAAGCCCAUGCUUUAACUGUCAUAAAGACAAGGUACUCACAGGCUAUAGUCUACUCUGACAAACGGGUUAAAAAUCAUCUUGAGGUUUAUCUGCUAAAAACAAUGCUAUUGAAGAUAUAGUAACACUUUAGGUCAGUAUUAUACUAUCAUCUGAAAUAACUUUGAUGCAUUUUUCUAACCAUUUUGAGUGUAUGUUAUGUAGGUUUAAAUUGUCAAUUAAAAUGAAAGCGGUCCUCCAAGUAGCAAACCAAAGCUUUGGAUGGAUGUGUGCUUUAUACCUCUUUCCUCUACUGUAGAACCCUCAGUUUCCUCCUGUGUUUUCUCUUGACAUCUACUGGGCUUGUCAAAAUGAAGCUUGGACUAGCCUGGAGCGUAUACAUACUAUUAGGACAGGGUACACUUUAUCAUAGUGGAGUUCUUGUUACUGGAUUCAGAGCUUUCUCUCUGGGCACUAAUGCUUCAUAAAGGUUGCAAGAAUGUAGGGCAAUUCCACCUCUCCUUGAAUUGUUCCAAAAGUUGUCAAGGAACAGUGACAAAUGCAAAGGAAAAAGCUGCCCUAUAAACAGGGUUUUUUUUAAUAAAAUGAAUCUGUAACACAAAAGACA